ACGUCUCCUCCCUUCCCCUUCCAUUGGAAUUGGCUGCGCCGAAAUCGCCGUGCUUGUACAAAAACCUUGAAAAAUUGCCUCCUUUUGGCUCCCCCUCCCCGUAGUCCGGUGACAGAGACCGUGUUGGCGUCUAGGAGGGUUGGGUCGGACCAGGGGAUUCAUCGUCAUCGUCGGCAUUGAAUCUAUGGUCCGCGCACCAUCUCAAAGAAAAGAUGGCAUUGGUAGCUCCAAGAGCAAGGGAGCCCCUCCAAACACGAAAGAUCUUCUUGAUUUGGGCAUCUCUCCGACAAUGCAAAAUGCUAAUUCUAGUAGUAAAGUUUCUGGCGGCAGAGGGAAGAACAGAAAAGAUAUGGUCGCCUCUAGUAAUGGACCCAAGGAUUCCUCUACCUUGAGGAGAUCCGCUAGGGAAUUUCGCAUGACAAUUUCAACCACGUCAAAUUCCAACUCGAGGAAAUCAGAACGGCUGGAAAACCAAAGCUUGGCCACCCCUUCAAAGAAGGUGAAGAUAGAAAGGGAAGUCAAGAAAUUGUGUCAGAAUUCUCUAAGAAGGUCAGAGAGGAUUGACAAAUCUUCUGCCUCAGGUUCCUCAAGUUCUAAGAAGGCUAGCAACAGCUCAGAUUCCCCCGUGAAGAAGAAAGGUAAUGUAGUGACGAAUGGAAAAAAGAAGUCAGUUUUAGUUGCUGAAGGAGAGGUUAAGUCUAAAAAUCUCAAUGAGAGAACUCCUCUGACGGGUAAAAAGAGAAAGCAGAUGACGGCUAGGACCUAUAGAGCUUUAUUAUCUCCACAACCUGCUAAGAAAGUUAGAAAGUCAGAUUCUGCUGGAACACAGCAUGAGUGUGAUUCACUAGCUGUUAAUUCUGAAACAGCGUUGGAGGGUGGAGAUGGUUGCUGUCGAAAAAAGAUCAGUGAGCAAAAUGUGGAACUUUGCAAAAAGGAGAUAAAAGAAGAUGCAGUGUGUUCUAGUUCAGGUUCAAAAGAAGAUUCAGAGAAGACCCUGGGAGUUGAAGGAGAUGCAACUUCAGCUUGUGUCGAUGCAGCUCCAAACCUUAUUAAAGCAGUAGAACCCAAGUAUGCCGAUAACUUGGAACAUUUUAAAUGCAGUAAUAACUCAUUGCAACCUACUCUUGGAGUAAUUUCGAUGGAAGAAACUUUACAUGAUGCAUUUCAGAGAGUGUUGGAUGGUGAUGACAAUGAUCCUGAUGCAUGUGAAAAAAAUGCUGAAGAUUUGGAGAUCUUUAAGCUAAAAGAAUUUUCUUUUCCACAUAGAUCCAAUUGUGCUGAUACUUCAAGAGAAAAUGAGAUCAGUCCAGUGGCUUCCACAAGCUCCCUGCCGACUCAUUAUCUUGAUCCAGACAUGGAUUUGACACCAAAUGAAAAGGAUAAACUAGCUCAGGGAGUUCCUGCUGAAGAUGUUUGUCUUUCAACCUCUUCCGCUAAGGGGGAAAAUUUUGAGAAGUGCACGAAGUGUGUAAAGCUACAAAGGGUGCAAGACAUGCUUGCUAUGGAUCCAUGUUCCUGCAUUGCUAAAAGGAAAAAUGAUUUAUCUUUUGCUCCACUUGAGGUAGUUGAUAAAAAAUUUGCUCCAGAAACACUUGAAAUUGAUGCCAAUACUAUGAAAGAAGUUGAAGAAAAGGGAAGUCCAUUGUCAAAAGAAGAAUUAAAUGGAGCAAAAAAGCCAAGUUGUUGUGUAUCCCCAGUUUGUUCAACCAGUGUUGAUGGCAAUAUGGAAAAGGCGAUUGAGAGUCCCUUAUGUCAUAUUAUGGGUAGCUCGAAGAAAGAUGUUUGCUCAACCCUUAUGAAGGAGCAGUUGGUUGAAAUUCAAACAGAUUGCCAUCCUAAUGCUUGUGUUUUUUGUAAACAACCAGAAGCAGAAUUGUUCUGUUGUGGUAAAGGAUGCAGCAUACGCUAUCAUAUUUCUUGUUUGGAUCCACCCUUACCAAAUGCUCCUCCUGGUAUUUGGCUGUGUGUUUCUUGUAUAAAAAGGAAAAUAGAGUUUGGUGUAUACUCCAUAUCUGAAGGGAUUGACUCUGUUUGGAAUGUUAAAGAAGGAGGGCAGAAUAGCAAACAAUACCUUGUCAAGUAUAAUGGUCUUGCACACGUUCACAAUCAAUGGAUUUCAGAAACACAGAUGCUUCAGGAAGCUCCUUCACUUCUUUCUAAAUUCAACAGGAAGUACCAAAAGAACCGGGUCAUUAGAUGGAAGCAGGAGUGGACUGAGCCUUGUCGGCUACUUCAGAAACGAUUGUUGAUGGCCCAAGAACUAGCAGAUCAAUUUUUUGACAGACUUGGUAAUAACUUUACAAAGUGCUACUGUGAGUGGUAUGUGAAAUGGAAAGGCCUUGGUUAUGAAGACGCAACAUGGGAGUUGGAGAGUUCACCAUUUUUACACACACCCGAGGCACUGUCAUUAAUGAAAGAUUACGAGGUUCGUCUAAAUGGAAAAGCAGCAUUUGAUUCUUCAAAUGGUGACAAGGCUCUCGAGUUUAGGAGGAAUCCAUUUCAUAAAUUAGCACGGUUACCUGAUGGUUGUCCUCGCGGUCUUCAUAACCGUCAUCUAGAUUCUAUCAAUAAACUUCGUGAGUUUUGGCACAGAAGUCAAAAUACCCUUUUCAUAGAUGAUCAGGAACGAGUUAUUAUAUCCAUCCUGCUCAUUAUGUCCUUGCAAUCUUAUGCAUGUAGGCCUUUUCUCAUCAUCUGCCCGUCAACUUCUCUCUCAGUAUGGGAGUCAGAAUUUCAUCGCUUGGCACCUUCCAUCAAUCUUAUUGUCUAUAAUGGGACCAAACAUGCUCGCAAUGUGAUUCAAAAUUUAGAAUUUUAUGAGGAUGGUGGUCGUAUAAUGUUUCAAGUGCUUGUUUCACAUGUUGAUGCGAUUCUCGAGGAUUUUGAUAAACUAGAAUGUAUUGGCUGGGAAGCUCUGUUUGUUGAUGACGGCCAGAAUUCUAAGAUAUCCAAACAUUUGGAAUGUCUUAAACGCUUUUCUACUGGAUUCAGGCUUCUCCUUCUUAGUGAUAUGGUGAAAGAUAAGAUUGCUGAAUACCUCAACCUCCUCUCAUUUCUUGAUUCAGGGAUAGACAAGAACUCAGCAUUUGCAACUAGUUCUGUCUCAAAUGAUGCUAUUGAUACACUUACUUUGAAAGAAAGAUUAUCACAUUAUGUUGCAUAUGAGCGGAAACCUGACUCUUCAAAUUUUUUGGAGUACUGGAUUCCUGUUCACCUUUCUAAUGUGCAGCUUGAACAAUAUUGUGCUACUUUGAUUUCAAGCACUAUGUCUCUUCGUUCAUGCUCAAAAGAUCUUGUGGGAGCUCUUGGUGACAUUCUCAUCUCAACUAGGAAGUGUUGUGACCAUCCUUACCUUGUCGAUGACAAUUUGCAAGGUUCACUUACAAGAGAUCUACAAGUUACUGAGUACUUGGAUAUUGGAGUAAAUGCAAGUGGUAAGCUACAAGUACUUGACAAGAUUCUUCAAAUGGUUAAAGACCAAGGGUUAAGGGUGAUAAUUCUUUUUCAGACCAUUGGAAGAACUGGAAAGAUUUCAAUUGGUGAUAUAUUGGAUGACUUUCUUCGUCAGAGAUUUGGUGCUGAGUCAUAUGAGCGUGUGGACCAGGGAUUAAUCAUGUCAAAGAGACUGGCUGUGUUGAACAAAUUCAAUGAUAGGACGAGUGGAAGAUUUGUAUUCUUAAUUGAAAAUCGUGCUUGCUUACCAAGCAUUAAAGUGUCAUCAGUUGAUGCCAUAAUUAUCUAUGAUAGCGAUUGGAACCCAUUGAAUGACCUACGUUCCCUCCAAAAGCUGACCAUUGAAUCACAGAAUGAUCAGAUACUUGUUCUUCGUCUUUAUUCAUCCUUUACGGUAGAAGAGAAACUUCUGGUGUUAGCAAAACAGAACAUGCUACGUGACAAUAAAAUUGAGAACGUAAACCCCAAUGUCUGUCAUUCACUGCUUAGUUGGGGUGCUUCAUAUCUCUUCCAUAAACUAGAUGAAUUUCAUCAACCUGAUUACUCAGAUAAAUCAACUGAAGAUUCCCCAGAUAAAAUGCUUUUGAUUAAUGAUGUGAAGGAACUGUUAUCAUAUGUACCAGACUAUGCAUCGUGUGAAUGCUCUAUUAUAGUGAAGGCGCAGCAAAGUGGACCAUCUUAUUCAGGAAACAUUAUUUUGGUUGGCGAGAAAGGAGGAGCAUCCUCCUUGGUUAAUGAUCCACCAAGAUUUUGGUCAAAUUUACUGGAUGGAAGGUAUCCUGAGUGGCGAUACGUUUCAGACCCAUUUCGUAGUCAUAGAAGUUGUAGAAAGGUGCAUAGUUUGAAUGAUUCUGCAAAGCAACCUGAACCAGAAAAUGAUGAACUAAAAAGGAGGAAGAAUAAGGAAGUUAGUGGUAGUGCCGUUGGGAGAAUAUCUUCAAGCAGUUUGCCUCUAGGAAGAGAAGCUGAAGGCAAGAAUACAUUGUUGUCUGGAAAUCCAAUUCGGCCAUCUAUUAGAUCAUUAACUAGGACAGCAAUUGUUCCAGAUAGCUUGCUAACAAAGACUGUUGUUGCAGAAGUUCAUUCUACAAGUCAACAAAAUUCUGUGCUGCACGGGUCUCCAGUUUCUGGUGGUACUUCAGAUGAUACUCAUGAAAUUGACUCAGAAGUGGGAGAAAAAUUACGCACUGCUCAGGGGAACCUUCAUCUCUUACUGAAACCACAGUUAUCAGAAUUGUGUGAAAUAUUGAAACUUCCGGAGAAUGUGAAGGAUAUGACUCAACUUUUUCUUGAGUAUAUAAUGCAUAAUCAUCAUGUCAGUCCUGAACCAGAAAUAAUCUUGCAGGCCUUCAAGAUCUCACUGUGUUGGCGAGCUGCUUCCUUCUUGAAGCACAAGAUUGACCAUGAGGAAUCACUUGCGCUUGCAAGGAAGUACUUGAACUUCAUGUGUGAUGGAGAGCAAGCGUCUAAUAUUUAUUCCAAAUUAAGAAUUCUAAAGAAGAAGUUUUCACAGAAGGAUGGGGCUGCAAGGGAAAAAUAUGAGCCUGAUUUAUUAGAGCAUCAACCACCUUCAUAUGGAGCUGAUCUUACUGAAGAACAUGUCUUCAAGAUGUCAUUAAAUUCUUCAGGGCAUGUUUCUGAACUUGAGAAAGGUGAACCUAGUGAGGAUCUAGGACAGAGUGUUCUUGAGCAAUUAAUAAUGCCAGAGCAGGAGCAAGUACCUACAUAUGCGACUCAUACAGAUUUUCAGGAGCACCCUGGCUCUGGAAAUGAUGAAUUUAUUAGAAAUCAAAUUAAUUUGAUUAACAAAAUUUGCUCAAGAAGGGAAGCAGAUCUCUUUGUCAAGCAACAUAAAGAAAUUUUAGAUUUCAACAUCGACAAGGAAAAGAUGGAGAUGAGUCUUAAAAAGGAAUAUGAGAAAGGGAUUGAGCCUUUUCUCUUGGUCAAUGAUUCAGCUGAAAAAGAUCAUAAUAUUAGAUUAUAUUCGGAAAUUUUUUCAAAGAAAAUGGCUGCACUUGGUAAUCACAUGAGUUUGCAAUAUCAAAAACUGAAAAAUAUGCAGUCAGUUGCAAAGGAUAAGGAGUGUCAGAUAAAGAAUCACGGGUUGGAAGAAGCCAAGGCUGGUAAAUUAGAGGCUGUUAAAUUAGUUGAAUUUUUUCAGAACAUUCCAUUGUCAGAUUCUGGAUUCACACUGGAGGAGUUCAAAGUGUUGGGCCAAGAUAAUUCUCAUGAUGAUUUGGAAAUUGGAACAUACGAGUCUAACACAACUGGGCCUUUUCAAAAUGAACAAACCGGCAAUGUGUUAACUGUGUGCAACUUGGUUAGCACUGAACUGCCUUCAAAAAAUUCUGAAGUUGCUGCAGUUUCUUCUCCUGGAGUAGCUGGCUGCCUUUCAGGUCAAUAUGAUAUAUUUAUUUCCCAGUCCAACAGUAUGGAUGAAGUACUUAGAGAUAUGUCUUUGGAAGUUCCACAUAGUGUUCCAUUUUCAGAUAUGAUUGACAUGAACAUGGAUACUGAUGCUCUUGCUUCUGAGUUACCUAUCAUGGGCAUAGUGACUAAUGUGGUUGAUGGUAUGGCUACCAAUCGUGGAACAGCAAUAACUGACAAGCAGGGCUUUGAAGAUGAUUCAGAAAGAUCAUGCUUGAGAACAUGCCCAUCUCAAAAUAUCGAUCAAGGCACACAUAUGGACAACUGCGACGGUGCAUGCUUGGCAACUUUCUCUACAGAGAACCAGGAACUUUGUAUAGAUGAGCAUGAAAGGACUGAAAAUUCACCUGUUUUGGAUGGCCAACGCAUUGGGUCUUCUCAAGAAAUUCCCACAUCAAAUUCAUCUGAUUUUCUCAACUUCGAAGAUGAACUGACCACCAAUAACAUUUCUGUCUCAGAUUAUUUUGACAAUCCACUGCCUGUUGAUAGAGUCCCUGUGUUUGCACACUGUGAAGAUAGUAUAGCUGCAUCUCGAAUUCAGCAAGAGCCUUCUGGGCAGAUGAGCAGUUCUUUGCAAAAUGACAUGCCAGUGUCUGGGCUCGCGAUGCUAUCUUCUGAUCUUGAGCAGUCUAAUCAUUCCUUUGUCCCCCAGAUUGUAGAUCAUUCAAUUUUACAAAAUUCUCAUAUCAGAAUGCAGAGAAGCAUUGGAGAUGUAACAGAUGUUUCUAGACAACCAGAAUCAAAUUGUUAUCCCCUCUUUCCUCUUAUACAAUUAAUGCCAACUAGAAAUCUUCAACCAGAACCACUGAAGAAUGAACUAGCAAGAAUACGGAUGCAUGGGGAUAGAAUUGGCAAGAUGCAUGAGGAUAUGAAAUUGAAACUCAAACUUGAGUGUGAACAAGAGUUGCUGAAGGUACGGAAAAAAUAUGAUAUGCUUCUUCAGGAUGCAGAGUCAGAAUAUGUGCAGUGUAAGGAGAUGCUUGGGACCAUCUAUAGUAAAGUGUUCAUGAAUCAAGUUUUGGCAGAAGAGUUUAGGGCCAAAUUCGUUGAGAACAAAGGGCGGUCUUCUUUGACCUCACAAGGCCAGCGAUCAUUGCAUCAUUUACCUCAGGCCUCCCAACCUCAAUUUGUACAGAGGGCUGCAUUAUCAACAACUUCCGUGUCUAGCUCACUUCCAGUUACUCAUCCGGCGACUGCUAUCCCACUUCCAGUUAGUCAUCCAGCAGUUGCUAACCUUCCUUCAGAUAUGCUUCUCUCAGCAGCUAACUCACUUCCAGUUACUCACCCAUCAGCUACAAUUCCACUUCCAGUUACUUUCCCAGCAACUGCUAACCUGCCUCCUGCUACUCAUCCGUCAGCUUCUAGUAUGCUUCCAGUUACUCACCCAUCAGCUACAAUUCCGUCAGCUUCUAGUAUGCUUCCAGAUACUCAUCCAUCAGCUGCACAAUCAAACUUACUUACCUCAUUAAGACUUCGAGCACCAUCCAUCCCUUCUGGUCAGACGGUCUGCAGAACAUCUUCAGUUUUCUCAAGUAAUUCUGUUCGACCUCACUUUGGAUCCAUGCUUCCUACAAAAACAAACAUUCAGGGCGGAAGUGAAACCCGUGCACCUGCUCCACAUCUCCAACGAUUUAGAGCCAAUGCAUCACUGACAUCUCCGAGUAUUGUUCAUACGAGCAGGGCAAGUCAGCAUUACCCUCUUGCCAAUAUUGGCUCAGCCGCCAUGGGACAGGUUGCAGCUAACCCUAACCUACAACCGUGUUUUGUGCCAACAAGUGAACCAGGACAACCUGCCUUCUUGAAUUCUUUACCUGUUUUUCAAGAUGUCUCUUUGUCUAGCGUUGGAUUGCCUUUGGAUGUCAGGGACACCAGCGUUGGAGCAAAUCAGCAAAGCUCAUUUCAGAUAGCUGAUUUAGUCCCAAUGUUCGAUAGAAGUUCAUCCAAGCUUCCAUCAAGAACUUCUGGUUUGCCUCAGUCAUCUGCCGAUGUCGAUAGGCACAGUGCUAACUCAGGUGUUGUAUGUAUAUCAGAUGAUGAGAGUUGAUGCUGUCAAUAAGGAUUCUUAAUUCUAGUUGUCCAUUCCCGAAUUCUGUAUGCUUCUGUAAAUAACAGGUAACAACCUCAGGCAUGCUUGACUGACCAUUUUGAGAUCAGAAGGUCAGAAGUUAGGUUAGGUAGGUUUUCAUUAAUUGUCUAGGUGAUUUGGCUUUUCUUGUGUUCAAGCAAUGAAUCAGAGUUUUAUCUAUUCGUUCUCAUGACCCUGUUCUGUUAUCAUCGACUGGAUACUUGUAAUCAAGAAGCUUGUAGCCAAAAAUGGCAUUAUUUGAUCACCGCAUCUUAGUUCGAUACAGAUUAUAUUCUAUGUA